CUAGGGAUUUCAACCCAAAGCGGUAGCGCCUCUUGUUCCGGGCCGCCCCCUCCAGGCCCGCCACUGCUGCUGUCCCUCUGCCACUGUGCUACAAGCUCCUUAGACUCAAACAGAGUCCAGACUGUGAUUGUUGCAUUUGACGUCAAUUCCAUCUGUACCUCGGCUCUGAACGAAAUAUCUCUGAUAUCCUGCACCAUGGCGGAUUCUAUGAACCCCCCGCUUUCUUACGAGGCCUCUGCCUCAACAACCCAUCCGCAUGUCGGGACCACCCUUCCAACGGAGGUGAUCUCGAGUCUCAAGAAUUCGCGAUUCCUUCAUCUCGCAACAUGUGAUGGCCUAACCCCGCACAUUUCGCUCAUGUCCUACACCUACCUUCCCUCGACUCCCUAUGACCCGUAUCCCAUGAUUAUCAUGACCACCAACCCCUCUUCUCGCAAAACCAAUCAUUUGCUGACCAACCCUCGUGUGUCCCUUCUGGUCCACGACUGGGUUUCGCACCGUCCGCCUACCCGGGCUCCCAAUCCCGGUGGUCGCGAAGGGUCUCCUCCGCCUGCUGCGACACGGUCCUCAUUGGCAAGCCUGCUUUUGAACCUGAACACAAGUGCACUGUCUAGUAUUUCCACCACCAUUACCGGUACUGCCCGGUUCCUGGAGUCUGGUUCUGAUGAGGAAGCGUGGUGCAAGAAGCAGCACUUGGAAAACAACACCUUCGAGGAAGAGAUUGGCACUUUCGGACAGCAGCAGCAGGAGCAGGGCCAAAGACGAGCCAGUGUCUCUAUUGAUAGCGAUGUUCGCGUCGUGGUCGUUCGUGUGCGCGAGGGCCGCAUUGCAGACUGGAAGGGCGGCGUGAAGGAUUGGCAGCUGGUUUUGGAGGGAGAAGAAUCGCAAGAGACUUUGGUUAACGGCGUACCGUCCGCAUAGUCCUUACUGGAGUUUGUGCUACCCUGUAUAUCAUCGCCCGGGAGUGGACUUGCCGAUUUGGGAGAUUGCAAGCAGAUGCUCGGGCGCUUACAAAAUGCCUAUGUUCAGUCAUCGGGGUCUUUCGGCGUACCGGGUUUCUGGAGAUUUCUGCGGACAUGAUCUGGUAGUCAUGCCUCCGGACGAAUUUGGAAGUAUCCACUGCUGUACAUAGAAUUGAAAGCUGCAUGCAAAGUCAAGUUAAAAUUAAGCUCCGGGAUGCAAGCACGAAACUGAGAUCCAGAUUGCGUUCAUCAUCACAUGAUCCGGGAGCUCCGCGGUG